AUGAAUGCUGCAGCCAGCAGCUACCCCAUGGCCUCCCUGUAUGUGGGUGACCUGCACUCGGACGUCACCGAAGCCAUGCUGUAUGAAAAGUUCAGCCCUGCGGGUCCUGUGCUGUCCAUCCGGGUCUGCCGAGGUAUGAUCACCCGUCGCUCUCUGGGUUAUGCAUAUGUCAACUUCCAGCAGCCAGCUGAUGCUGAGCGGGCCCUGGACACCAUGAACUUUGAUGUGAUUAAGGGAAAGCCAAUCCGAAUCAUGUGGUCACAGAGAGAUCCCUCUCUGAGAAAAUCUGGUGUGGGAAAUGUCUUCAUCAAGAACCUGGACAAAUCAAUAGAUAACAAGGCACUUUAUGAUACUUUUUCUGCUUUUGGAAAUAUUUUAUCCUGCAAGGUGGUGUGCGAUGAGAACGGCUCUAAGGGUUAUGCCUUUGUCCACUUCGAGACCCAAGAGGCUGCCGACAAGGCUAUUGAGAAGAUGAAUGGCAUGCUCCUCAAUGACCGCAAAGUGUUUGUGGGAAGAUUCAAGUCUCGUAAAGAGCGGGAAGCUGAACUUGGAGCCAAAGCCAAGGAAUUUACCAAUGUUUAUAUCAAGAACUUUGGGGAAGAUAUGGAUGAUGACAGCUUGAAAGAGCUGUUCAGCCUGUUUGGUAAGACCCUAAGUAUCAAGGUGAUGAGAGAUCCCACUGGGAAAUCUAAAGGCUUUGGCUUUGUGAGUUACGAAAAACACGAAGAUGCCAAUAAGGCUGUGGAAGAGAUGAACGGAAAAGAAAUUGGUGGGAAAAUCAUCUUUGUAGGCCGUGCACAGAAGAAAGUUGAACGGCAGGCUGAGUUAAAACGGAAAUUUGAGCAGCUCAAACAGGAGAGAAUUAGUCGCUAUCAGGGGGUGAAUCUUUACAUUAAGAAUUUGGAUGACACCAUUGAUGAUGAGAAGUUAAGGAAAGAAUUUUCUCCAUUUGGAUCAAUCACCAGUGCUAAGGUGAUGCUAGAGGAUGGGAGAAGCAAAGGGUUUGGCUUUGUUUGCUUCUCAUCUCCCGAAGAGGCAACCAAAGCAGUCACGGAGAUGAACGGACGCAUUGUGGGCUCUAAGCCACUGUAUGUUGCUCUGGCCCAGAGGAAAGAAAGAAAGGCUCACUUGACCAACCAGUAUAUGCAGCGGGUGGCAGGAAUGAGAGCUCUCCCUGCCAAUGCCAUCUUAAAUCAGUUUCAGCCUACAGCUGGGGGCUACUUUGUGCCUGCAGUUCCACAGGCUCAGGGAAGACCUCCUUAUUACACGCCAAACCAGCUAGCACAGAUGAGACCUAAUCCACGCUGGCAGCAAGGUGGGAGACCUCAAGGCUUCCAAGGAAUGCCAAGUGCUGUACGCCAGUCUGGGCCACGUCCAGCUCUUCGCCAUCUGGCUCCAACUGGUAAUGCUCCGGCCUCUCGUGGCCUCCCUACUACCACUCAGAGAGUCGGGUCUGAGUGCCCGGACCGCUUGGCUAUGGACUUUGGUGGGGCUGGUGCCGCCCAGCAAGGGCUGACUGACAGCUGCCAGUCUGGAGGUGUACCCACAGCUGUGCAGAACCUAGCACCUCGGGCUGCCGUAGCUGCUGCGGCUCCUCGGGCUGUGGCACCAUACAAAUAUGCCUCCAAUGUCCGCAGCCCUCAUCCUGUGCUGCAGCCUCUACAGCCCCCACAGGCUGCAGUCCAUGUUCAGGGUCAGGAGCCCCUAACUGCCUCAAUGCUGGCUGCAGCACCCCCACAAGAACAGAAGCAGAUGCUGGGAGAACGUCUGUUCCCACUCAUCCAAUCAAUGCAUUCAACCCUAGCUGGAAAGAUUACAGGGAUGUUGCUGGAGAUAGACAACUCUGAGCUGCUGCACAUGCUAGAGUCACACGAGUCUCUCCGCUCCAAGGUGGAUGAAGCUGUGGCGGUUCUACAGGCUCAUCAUGCCAAGAAAGAAGCUGCCCAGAAGGUGGGCGCUGUUGCUGCUGCUACCUCUUAGACAAGGAAAAACGAUUCAAAAGCCAAAUAACUCCCUUCUGGAUUUCAGCUCAGAUGAAGACUUCCUCGCUUGUCCUAUGGACCUCAACAUCAAGAACUACAAAUUGCAAGUUUAAUAGGUCAUUUUGUAUCAAAAGGUCAAUUAUGAAACAUCUAGAAUUUUUCAAUUAUAUAACUAUUGUCUGGGUUCUGCUGUAGCCCAGGAAAAUUUUUUUUCUAUUGUGGGUUUUGGUUUUUCCACCCCCCAAAAAAGUGAUUUUAUUUGAUGUACCCAAAUCUUAAUAAAAAAGAAAAAUC